AUGGCAACCUCUUUCUCCCGCUACAGUUCCCGCGUUUUCGUUUCGGUGUUAACUCCGUCUCCGUGUGAUCCGGACUCGAACCCCUUUUUUUAUCUCCUUUCGAUUCUCAUGGCGAUCGUGACUGGAGAUCGAUACCUCGAGAAUCUCGAGAAGUUCCUCGAAGACAUGGCUGAAUCGCUUAUUGAUGGCACAGAUGUUCUCAAGCUCAAUCCCGCUGGCCUUCACUACGUCCAUCUCCGCCUCGAAUCUCUCCGUGAGCUCGAGCGAAUGCUCUCCGGAGCUCCCGUUGACUAUCUCCGCGCUUACGUCUCCGACAUCGGCGAUUACCGCGCUCUCGAGCAGCUCCGGCGUAUUCUCCGCCUCCUCCCUUCUCUCAAGGUCGUUUCCUCGCUUCCUUCGCCGGCCCGUGAUCCUACGCCGCUCUCUCUUCUUCCCUUCUCCAGGCUCAAGGUUUUGGAGCUCCGUGGGUGUGAUUUGUCCACUUCCUCUGCCAAGGGACUGCUCGAACUCAGGCACACCUUGGAGAAGAUCAUUUGCCAUAACUCCACUGAUGCGCUGAGGCAUGUGUUUGCUAGUAGAAUCGCCGAGAUUAAAGAUUCACCUCAGUGGACUAAGUUGGCUUUCGUUUCAUGCGCUUGCAACCGUCUCGUGCUCAUGGACGAGUCGUUGCAACUUCUCCCAGCUGUUGAGUCGCUUGAUCUGAGUCGGAACAAGUUUGCAAAGUUGAAGCUAGAUGGCAAACACAUUGGGAAUAGAGAAUUUUGGAAGAGGCAGGUUGUUGUAUCACGUAGGAAAAGUCAGCCUGCUAGCUAUGGGUUCUACUCUCCAGCUAGAGGCGAAGCUGAUGACGAAGGAAGCUGUAAUAGAAAAAAGACGAAAAUCUACCGGCUCGCGUCUAUUGAUACUGAGGAAGAGAGCACCUGUGUGAAUUCUGAUCAAGAGUCUGCUUCAUGCGAACCGGAGACUCAAAGCAAAGAGGAGAAUGUCAAGUCCGAUCAUGAAGGUGAUAUCUUUGGUCUAAUAAGCAAAGUUGAACAGUUGAAGAAAGAACGUUCAGUUCUCUGGCUGCGAGAGUUUAAGGAGUGGAUGGAUCAUUCGUCAGAGGAUUUGGUGGAGGUCAGAAAAGACGGCCAGAGUAUUGAUAUGGAGAAAAAGUACUAUACAAAGAAUAGAAAAAGCCCGAAUCAUCAUGAUGAAACAUUGAAAUAUCCACCAAGGCCUUCACCAGGCUUCCAAAUUACAGAUCUAAAUCAGAAGGAUCAAGCAUUUCUUCUUGAUGGGAAGCCAGAUGAAAAUGGAAACAUGUCAACAUUGGAUGUUGCUCAGGAUAUGACAGGAGCCUUUUCACCCUCAACAUAUCUGCAAUCACCCCCUCAUUAUCAAAAGGAUGUCUUAUACCGACGUCAUAACCUGGUGGAAGAAAUCUUGCAGCUAUCAGCAGAUUCUUAUUCAGUAGCUUCGUCGGAUAGCACGAGCAGCUGCAGUGAAAAUGAAAAUUAUGAUUCUGAGCAAUCAAAUCCUGAACAAGAUAUGUUGAUGGAUCAUCUUAAUGCGAAUAGACCGGGGGAGAAGAUUCUGGGAUCUGCUAAGGACUUGCUUGAUUCUCAACGAGAGAAGAGUAGCAUCAUAAAGACUUGGAGGAUAGAUGAUUCUUUCAAAGCAAAGACUACUAAUUUUCUUUCUGGACUUCAAAACAGUGAGCUUGCUUCUGAUUUACCAUUGGUUCGACAAAAGGAAAAGCAAGAAGAAGCCUAA